AUGCCUCGCGAGGUUGACGACGUGCUGGAAAUAAUAGAGCUCCGUUUUGAUAGCUACGUUGGUGAUGCGACCAUCCAUGGUUGCAGUGGUGCGCUGUCUGGCACUUGCGACGUCUUGUCUCUUGCUGCGAAAGUCGUCUGGUCGGCCAUGCGAGUAAAGUGGACCAUGCUUCCAAAAUUCAAUCGUCUCCGAACGCACAGCAACCUUUCCGACACCGAGAACCAGAACGAGGAUGACGAGGAGGGUGAGUGUGAGGAGCCCACUCUGGGACCCAUCACCGCUAUCGCUGUCUUGGUCGUCACCACCGUCCUCGUUACUCUCUGCGCCGAGUAUCUUGUUGAUGGCAUCAAUGGCCUUGCCACGACUUCGGGAAUCAGCCGAGUCCAAACUGUCGCCUUCGCAGCAUCUGUCCUCGUCAUCACAUACACCAUUCAGGAUGGCAAGUCCAACUAUCUCGAGGGUGCUAUGCUUAUGGGUCUUUACAUUAUCAUCGCCUUGGCCUUCUAUGCCACUCCUUCUGAUAUUAUGGACCCCAGCAAAUAA